AUGCCCUUAAGCGAGAGCUUCUUCAUGGUGAAAGGAGCUGCCCUCUUCUUACAACAGGGAAACAGCCCUCAAGGCCAGCGGAGUCUGCAGCAUCCCCACAAGCAUGCAGGCGACUUACCCCAACACCUGCAAGUCAUGAUCAACCUUCUGCGCUGUGAAGACAGGAUCAAGCUGGCAGUGCGUUUAGAGAGCGCCUGGACAGACCGCGUCCGGUACAUGGUGGUGGUGUACAGCAGUGGACGUCAGGACACCGAAGAGAACAUACUGCUGGGAGUUGACUUCUCCAGUAAGGAAAGUAAAAGCUGCACCAUCGGGAUGGUGCUCCGACUCUGGAGCGACACAAAAAUCCACCUGGACGGAGACGGCGGCUUCAGUGUGAGCACCGCCGGGAGGCUGCACGUCUUUAAGCCCGUGUCCGUCCAGGCCAUGUGGUCGGCCCUGCAGGUCCUCCACAAGGCCUGUGAGGUGGCACGGAGGCACAACUACUUCCCCGGUGGUGUGGCCCUCAUCUGGGCCACCUACUAUGAAAGCUGCAUCAGCUCAGAGCAGAGCUGCAUCAACGAGUGGAAUGCCAUGCAGGACCUGGAGUCCACGCGGCCCGACUCCCCGGCCCUGUACGUGGACAAGCCAACGGAAGGGGAGAGGACCGAGCGCCUCAUCAAAGCCAGGCUCCGCAGCAUUAUGAUGAGCCAGGAUCUGGAGAAUGUGACCUCCAAAGAAAUACGAAACGAGCUGGAGAAGCAGAUGAACUGUAACUUGAAAGAAUUCAAGGAAUUCAUUGACAACGAGAUGCUCCUGAUCCUGGGACAAAUGGACAAGCCUUCCCUUAUCUUCGACCACCUCUAUCUCGGCUCUGAAUGGAAUGCAUCCAAUCUGGAGGAGCUGCAGGGCUCAGGCGUUGACUACAUCUUGAAUGUAACGAGAGAAAUAGAUAACUUUUUCCCUGGUUUAUUCGCAUACCAUAACAUCCGCGUCUACGACGAAGAGACCACAGACCUCCUCGCCCAUUGGAACGAAGCGUAUCAUUUUAUAAACAAAGCCAAGAGGAACCAUUCCAAGUGCCUGGUCCAUUGCAAAAUGGGGGUCAGCCGCUCAGCGUCCACCGUCAUCGCCUACGCCAUGAAGGAGUUCGGCUGGCCGCUGGAGAAGGCCUACAACUACGUGAGGCAGAAGCGCAGCAUCGCACGGCCCAACGCCGGCUUCAUGAGGCAGCUGUCCGAGUACGAGGGCAUCUUGGAUGCGAGCAAACAACGCCACAACAAGCUCUGGCGACAGCAGAGCGGGAGCACCCUCCAGCCUGCCGGGGGCAACCCUGCAAACCCUGGGGACUUCUUGCCAGAGGCCCUGGAUGGCUCCCUGGAUGCCCAGCUGCAAGGCCUGGACGAUGCUGCCCACCCUGGACUCCCGAGUAGAGGGGCCUCAGGAGGGCCCACCGCCCCCUGCUAUUUCCGCCGACUCUCCGACCCUCUCCUGCAUUCCCCAGACGAGGACGCUGGCAGCCUGGUCCAGCUGGAUGACCUGGAGAGGGAUGCUCUGGUGGAGGAAGCCCCCCCGCUGGCCGAGCCGUGUAUGCCCACCCUGCAGCCCGCAGAAGGUUCCAGACUCUGCGAGCAGGAAGUGAAGAAGAAACUGGACUUCGGGAUCCCCAGUGCCCAGCAUGGCUCCCUGGCCCCAGUGGAGGAGAUGGAAAGAGAGGGGUGCCCAGCAGUGGGCAGUGCUGGAAGGGCCCCCACCCAGCUUGAUAAAAAUUUACUCAACCGGGAAAAUAUAAAUAACAACAACAGCAAGCAGAGCUGCCCCGAGGACUUCGAGCAUGAUGCCAUCUUUGGGAUCCUGAACAAAGUGAAGCCUUCCUACCAGUCCUGUACCGACUGUAUGUACCCGGCAGCCAGCAGGGGCCCUGAGGCCUUUGGGGAGCAACGUGAGAACCCUAGCGCCCUGGCCAUCUGCACCCAACCCACCUUCCUGCCCCACCUUACGUCCUCCCCCAGGGCCCAUGUGGCCAGCAGGUCCCGUGCUCUGGAGAAGCUGGCCGCCGGCCCCACCGAGACUCCUGCUUCUCUGCCACCAGCCAGCCCUUUGGAGUCUUCCCAAGAAGCUCCCAAAACUCUGCCCAAGUCCCUCCUCCUGAAAAAUGACGGUGACAAGCCCCUUCCUCCCAGCCUGGAUGUGGUGAGAGAGGACCCUUCCGCCAGGAAAGAGCUGAAGCCAGCUAAGGACCUGCGGCUGCUGUUCAGCAGAGAAGCCGAGAAGCCGACCAGCAGCAGCUACCUGAUGCAGCACCAGGCAUCCAUCAUCCAGCUGCAGAAGGCGGGCUUGGUCCGCAAACACACCAAAGAGCUCGAGAGGCUGAGGAGCUCGCCCGGCGACAUGGGGACCUGCAGGGACGGCAGGCUAGAGGCCAGCAUCCCUGAGGAGAAUCAGGAGCUGACUCUGGAGAGUGAGGAAAAAUCAGAGGCGCUCCCUCCAGUAUACGAAGGCCCCACCCUCAGGAGUCCCCCUCCCUGGCUGUACCGCCUGGACCAUACCAGCCACUUCUCGAAAGACUUCCUCAAGACCAUCUGCUAUACACCCACCUCGUCUCCCAUGAGCUCCAACCUGACCCGGAGCUCCAGCAGCGACAGCAUCCAUAGCGUGCACGGGAAGCCGGGCCUGGUCAAGCAGCGGGCGCAGGAGAUCGAGACCCGCCUCCGCUUAGCCGGCCUCACCGUCUCCUCUCCACUCAAGCGCUCCCACUCCCUGGCCAAGCUGGGAAGCCUCAACUUCUCCACCGAAGACCUGUCCAGCGAGGCUGACACGUCCGCCAUCACCGACCCCCAGAACCCCAGGUUCAGUAAGUCUUCCUUCUCACGUGAGCCCCAGCCGACUCCAGGAGACGCAGUCACAACCUCGAAGCUGCCAGGUCCACCUGCCCCUGGGGACCUGGUCAGCCCUUCUAGGGGGAGCAAAAGCUGA